AUGAUCGGAAUGGUUCCGGUACAUGCCGAGGCGCCGCGCAAGGGUGAGCUCUUCCGCCGUAUUGUGCCGCGCAAGUUCAUGCGGCUGGUGCAGACAGAGCACAUGCGGGCGCUGGAGAACAUGGGCGAGUACGAGGACGCCGUAGGUGGUGAGCUGUUUCCCGGGAGCGAGCCGCAGACGCCGAUUCCGUAUGCCGGUGGCGAUGACGAUGGGCGCCCGCUCCCGACGCUCGACGGGCCCGAGGUGUCGCCGGUGAGCGCUAUGCGGGCAGCGACACCCGAAACGGCCGACCAGGAGGUUCCGCUUCUGGCCAACUCGUCGUCAGCUCGAUACCGGCCCUCAGUCCGCGGCGGAGUGGGCGCGCCACAGGUGCCGGAGCGGGCCAUGCGGCCGUCGACCGCGUCGUCGUUCAUGUCGGUCUCGUCGUGCGGCUCGCUGCUCCGCGGGCCGGCCUCACCGGCGUCACCCAUCGAGUCGUUCCUCGAGGGCGGCGAGCCGGACUUUGAGCCCCGCUACCUGCUCGUCGACAUCCGGACCGAGGACGAGUACGCAGAGUGCCACCUCGACGGCGCAGUCCACUUUCCGGCAGCUCGCCUCUCCCGCUCGUGCAACGUCUUUACGCCAGAACUCCGCAGGUACAAGAACAAGACCGACUCGAUCGUUAUUGUCUACGAUUCGGCCGAGAAGCGCGCGCCGCGCGUGGCGCAGCUCCUCUUUCAGCAGGGCUUCAACAACGUGGUCCUCCUUGUCGGCGGCCUCAAGGCCAUGGCCGAGCAGUUCCCAGACAUGAUCCUCGGCACGCUCCCACCCGACGCCGUCCCGUCGCCGCCGCCUUCCGCCCGUCGUCGCCGCCGCCGCGACCGCGCGCCCGGCACCGCCUCAACCUCGGCCUCGCGCCUCGACGAGUCGUAUGCCUCGUCGUACCUCUCCAACGCCUCGCGCCAGUCGGACCUGUCGCGCCUCCCGGGCUUUAACGCGCGCACCAAGGGCAACAUCUCGGCAUGGCACUAGCGCCCCCCUUGCAUACACACGCACACACUCGCCCA